CAACGGUAAGCGAGGGAAGCAAGACAUAUGAUGCUGCAGAUCAGUCGACAAAUUGGGCGGUGUUCGGAAAGCGGCAAUCCGUGUCCCGCAGUGAUCACCGCACAUCUCACGCCCACAACAGUAUUACAGUUUUCAUUAUUGUUUACCGACGCCAUUAAGAGAAAUAACAUGGUCAUUAUUCAUUUAUUCGAGUGAGAGAAAGGCUGAAGGACGCUCGCCAGUGCUCGAGUACCCGAGACCCGGAACUCAACCCUUCAGGCGGUCGUCGUCGGAAAAGACCAAGCUCAAGUGCCACUCCAGGGGCCCCUCUCGACGAUGACGACGAUGGACCUGAUGUCGAGUGACGCGCCCCUCAAGAUGCUCUCCAUGACAACGGGCGGCCUCAGCAAAGAAACCACGACCCUGCUUGAGGAGCGGACACCCACCACUCCCGAAGGACUCUGGAGAGCGUUCCUGCAAGGGUCUCACCACGCCCCCGCGCCCACCACGCCCAGAAUGGACAUCAUAGAUCGACCAGGUUCACCAGAGUCCCCAGGAGGAAGAGGGAGGAUAUCCCCAGGAGGGGGGAUUAACACUAGGGCUUCCCCGUCGCCUCCCCCGUCGAUGACUGCAGUGUGUGAAGCGCAUGCUGUUGAUUGCCUUCAUUAUGCUGUUCCCACGCUGCCGUUAUCUUGUUAUCUCCUGUUGCUUCUGUUUCCUCUGUUGCACACGUGUCGUUACUGCUUAUCGGAUGCUCGUUUUGUCAGCCCGUAUGACACCAUCAUUACUCGUAACCUCCUUGAUGGCAACACUGCAUCUCCCGGUUGA